CUACUCUUUUUGAAGGUACCCCUUUAAGUCUAAUUUACUCUCUCAAAUUACAUAAUCUAUUUGGUUUUCUCAUUUGGGAUUUUGUUAUUGCAGAUAUGGGAGAUGAAGAGAACGUUGUUGCAGCCCAAAAUGGUGAUGAUCAAGCAAGCAACAAAGAAGAUGCAGCAUCAAGACUAUUUCCUUGUUUAUUUUGUUCAAGGAAAUUCUACAGCUCUCAAGCCUUGGGAGGCCACCAAAACGCUCACAAGAAAGAAAGAACUGCUGCUAGAAAAGCAAAACGCGCUUCUGAUCACUAUGCAUCAGUCAAUUAUCCAAUUUAUCCAUCUCAUAUAUCACCACCACCAAUGGUUUUUGCUCCAAAUCAUCACGUGGGCCUCUUGCACCCUUCAAUGUUCAUGACUGCUCAUGCUUCCAACCUCAGAUACUUCCCCAAUCACCAAUACUCGGACCGUUUCGGAUCAAAUGGUGCGCCAAAGUCUGAGAAUUUUAUGUACCAUGGACGGAAUACUUGUUUAAGCAAUGUUAACAAUGGGUACAAUAGUCACUGUGAGGAAGACUGGCAGAGGAGCACAAGAUGCAACGGUUUUGAUGGAGGGUCUUCUCAACAUUCAUCAAUGAUAACCAACAAUCACAGUAGUCUUGGGGGUAGUAGUGAUCAUAAGGGCCAUGAAGAGCAAAAGCUUGAUCUUUCUCUCCAUUUGUAG